AGCAGCGUGCGAGCUCUUUUAGCGCUGGUGGCGACGAAACACGACUGAGCAGCGACCCUCGUUGAUUUUACGACUUUAAACUCGUUUUUAUCUGUUUCUAGACUUAGUCUGCGUGGUUUAGAACAGUGUAAUCUGAAAACGGAGGAGGACCGCGAACAUCUGAAGGCAAAAUGUCGUCUGAGGUUAAACCAGAGAAACAAGAACAAGGAAAUAAUGUGAAUGGCAAGUCCAACCAUGAGUCUAGAAAGGAGAGGCCCCAGAAGCGCGGUGGUGGGGGCCGGUUUGAACCUUACGGGAAGCCCAACAAGAGAUACCGGGUGUUUGUCAGCAACAUUCCCUAUGAUGUUAAAUGGCAAACUCUAAAAGAUCUCAUGAAGGAAAUAGUGGGUGAGGUAACGUACGUGGAACACUUAAUGGACGGAGAAGGCAAAUCAAGGGUAAGUGCAAGAGACGAACCUCCAUUUGUCCGCUUGAGUUCUAACAUGUACUCUUAGAUUUUAAUGUGGGAUGUUCAGGACUGGGUUGAGAGUUCAAAAUGUGUCGUCUUGGGUGGCAUUUGAACAAAAAUGUAUGCCGACUGUGGUUCUGAGUGGAACCGCAGGGAUCGUUUCCCAGCUAUAUAGUAAUUCUGGUUCUCGUGUGUUUACGAGGUAGCAUUUUUUUUUUUUUGAGUCUCAUUAUUGGACUUCAGGUGGUGUUCAGUAACUAAACAUGGCGUCAAUGAUUUGUUGAGUGACUCAACUAGUGGGAUAACAUCAGAUAUGGAGCCUGAAUCAGUAAUUGGAACUGAAGGACGCUUGUGUAUUCUACUCGUCAAUUAAUUCUGUCAGUCAUUUUGAGUUUGAAUGUAAUUAUGUAAGUGUUGAACACCACAGAGAAGUAUUAUUUGAAUAUUCUUUAUCAAUUUAGUGUGUCGUAAGUAUUUUUCAUGAGUCAGUUUUUGAUGAUUUUUUUUUAGUUUUUUUUUUUUUUUUGUAGCGCUUGUCUAAUUGUCUCUUUUGUUCCUGUUUUGUUUGUUUGUUCGUCCUGGCUGGUUUGCGGACUCAAGGGUUGUGCGGUGGUUGAGUUCAGAACUGAAGAGCUCAUGAAAAAGGCUGUAGAGAAAGUCAACAAACAUGUCAUGAACGGUCGUCCUCUCAAGGUCAAAGAGGAUCCAGAUGGAGUGAUUGCCCAGCGUGAAGCUAAUCGGGCUCACGGAGGUGGAGGUGGUGGUGGUGGCGGACCCCCAGGCAUGGGUGGAGGAAUGGGUGGAGGCAUGGGAGGAGGCAUGGGUGGAGGCAUGGGGAUGGGCCCAGGACCAGGUGGUCCUUCCAUGGUCAACAUCCCUCCCAGUCUCAUGAACAACCCCAACAUCCCCAAUGAGGUCAUCCACGGACUCCAGGCUGGAAAAAUCGGAAGCUCCAUUUUUGUGGCCAAUCUGGACUACAAGGUUGGGUGGAAGAAGCUAAAGGAGGUGUUUGGAAUGGCUGGAGUGGUUGUGCGUGCAGAUAUCCUGGAGGAUAAAGACGGGAAGAGCAGGGGAAUGGGAACUGUCACAUUUGAAAUGCCCAUUGAGGCUGUUCAAGCAGUCUCGAUGUUCAACGGACAGCUCCUCUUCAACAGGGUCAUGCACGUCAAACUGGAUGAGAAAUCCCUUCCCAAAGGUGACUUCGCACCACCAGAACGUCCUCCUGCGCUUCCUCGUGGUCUGAGUGGUAUCGGUCUCGGUCUGGGACCUGGCGGUCAACCCAUCGAUGCUACCCAGCUCAACCGGGGUGGGAUGGGCAAUAUGGGACCAGGAGGGAUGGAUAAUUUUGGAGGUGGAAUGAACAACAUGGAUCGUUUCGGCCCCUCUGGAAUGGGAAGAAUGAAUGAUAUGGAUCGUGGAAUCGGCGGUGGUUUUGAAAGAGAUUUCAGUGGCCGUAAUGACAUGGGCAUGUCUCGUAGCAACUUUGGAGACACGUUUGACAGAGGAAUGGGGAACUCCAUGGGAAUGGAUCGCAUGAAUGCUGGCAUGGACCGGCUUGGUGGCGGCAUGGACCGCAUGGGAGGACUGGACCGAAUGGGAAUGGAUCGCAUGGACCGCAUGUCUGAUCUAGACCGAUUGGGAACUGGCUUCGACCGAAUGGGUUCAGGGAUUGACCGACUGGGUCCCAGUAUGGAUCGGCUGGGAACAGGCCUUGACCGCAUGAGCUCCAGCGUGGACCGCAUGGGCCCUGGUGGGUUCGACCGCCUGGGGCCGUCCGGCAUGGAUCGCAUGAGCGGCGGGAUGGACUUUGCCUCUCCUAUGGGCAUGGACAGGAUGAACACAGGCAUCGACCGAAUGGGUUCAAACUUCGACCGCAUGGGCUCCGGUGGCAUGGACCGCUUCCCUUCCUCUGGUCUGGACCGCAUGGGUUCCGGCAUGGAUCGGAUGGGCUCUGGUGGCGUUGGUGGGCAGUUUGACAGACCUGCUGAUAUGGAUCGUGGCAAUUUCGGGACUCCUUUCAGUGGGUCUGGACAAGGAGGGCCAGGGACUGGUGGAGCCAAUGCCAGGAAGGGCUGCCAGAUUUUUGUCAGAAAUCUGCCCUUUGACUUCACUUGGAAGAUGUUGAAGGACACUUUCAAUUCAUGUGGCAUUGUGCAGUAUGCAGACAUAAAGAUGGAGAACGGCAAGUCUAAGGGCUGUGGUGUGGUGCGCUUCGAUAAUCCUGAGACCGCCGAGCGAGCCUGCCGCACCAUGAAUGGCUACCGGCUCAGCGGGCGAGAGAUUGACGUCAGGAUCGACAGAAAUGCAUAAUCGUUAUCUUUGCCUACUGAUUCCUUCCACCCCCUCACUAAGCUUUCCAAAUUAGUUGUCGGUUACAUAUUUGUAUUUGUGCCGAAUGGUACACUUUUAGUUUUGCCUAUGACUUUUAGAGACCAAAUGUUUUUUGUUUUUUCUCCCCAAUUUUUAUUGUGACGCUUUCCAAGAAAUUGCCUUUGUUAAAGGUUUGCUAAUAAAUCUCAACACUGAGAACUUGA